UAUAGUUGAACUUCCGCUACCCGCCGCCGGUAAGAUUCGGUGUUGUCAACUCAAUCAUUGUGGGACACAAUCUCAUGUCAAAAUGUCUCGGGACAACGUGGAUGACAAAGUUCACGAUGCAACGAAUAGCAAGAUCAUUUCACUCCCAAUGGCACGAGUAAAGCUGAUAAUGAAAAGUUCUCCGGAUGUAUCAAUGAUAAACCAGGACGCUCUUUUUCUAACUACCAAAGCAACAGAACUCUUCGUGCAGCAUUUGGCUUUGUCCUCGUUUAGAAACGGAGCUGGGAAAGACACGAACACGUUGUCUUAUAGUGAUCUGGCCCAUACUGCGGAGGAAACCGAGACUUUCCAGUUUCUGACAGAUAUCCUUCCUAAAAAGAUCUUGGCAAGGGAAUACCUAAAGAGUCUGGAGGAACUGAAGGAGGAAGCGGACAUCUGAAAUGAGCCGAUGUCCUAAUUCUCCUGAUUCCUGCCGUAACAGUGCACUUGUGAACACGUUAGCUGGUUUAAUAUGAUGGAAGCUAGUUUUAGCCCAUGCCUACAGCGGUCAUUAAUGUAUGGAGUGCACUGUGUGGGUUUAAAAGUAGUAAACUUUUAAGGUUGCGUGAGAAAGUCCAGUCAACAUUUCAGUCUUAAGAGUAGGCCUACUACAGGAUCUUUGCAUUUUGGAUGCAACAUUUGAAGAUCAACGUGUAAACUUCCUUUGCUUGUUUGGUCAAAACUGUUUAUAUUUAUGUUUGCUGCCCAGAAACCCAGAAAAACUGGACAUUUAAUUUACAAUCAGUGGCCAGAGAUAAUCAUCACCACACAUACUCAGAAGACAACACGCUAUCUCGGAUUGUCAGGAUCUAGCUUAGCUAUUGCUUCACUUUCCUUACCAGAAGAUGAUGUUGUGUCGAAGAUAUGGUGCUAAUGCCUACAAAAUGCCUUUUAUCUUCUGCCAUGGAGCUCAGGUUCAGAUCAGUUCUUUUUCUAUCUACAAUGAUAAAGUGAAAAUAAUUCAAAUUAGUAUGUUUUUUCUAUGGAAACAAAUCCUCGUGGGUGUUCCUUUUUAGUUCACAAUAUCACCAUUAAUUUUUCCAGUGUGUCUAAACUUGAAAGAACAGAUUCUGCAUUGUGUCUGACCACUGUUACGUAUACGUUCAGCUUCCUUGUGUACAUAUCAAACAACAGUAUGUUUUUUUUUUUUUUACAACCAUAGCAUGUGAUAACUGGGUCAUCUGGGUAGUUAUUCUCUUGGGUGCUUGGCGUCUCUAACGGAGGAAAAUAUUCAGGUUUAUUUAAUUUUUUUACUGAUUAGAGUCUUCAUUCAAAUAACAAAGCUAUUAACACAAUAGCUGCUUUUUCCAGGUGAAGUACAGAACAGGGUACUGCCUCUGUUCAAUGUGUGCUGUCCCGAGAAACAAACAAUAUGCACUGAACUCAACAACUGGGAAUACUUUUUUUUACAAGUGUGUGAAUUGUCAAGCUAUGUCUACCUAAAGAGACCUGUGAUCUUGUAUAUUUUCUUUCGUAGAUUUUGAUUUAAAAAUAAACUCAUUGUGUAGAUGUAAUUUGUGUCACUAAA